AAUUCGGGACCAAAUGAAGAAAUUCUUGCAAAUUUUGAGCCAGAACUUCAAGAGAUUAUUUUAUCCGCGGAAAUACCUCCACCUUAUGUGGAUGAAUUUGAUCCCUUUCUUGAAGUUCUUGACAAAGAACCAACUCUUUGUCAGCAACGGUCAAUUGUGAAAGUCUGGUUUCAAAAUCGUCGUGUAAAAGAUAAGAAAGCUGAAUCAAUCAAAUACGAUAAAGACAAGGAGAUGAAUUCUAAGACUGCUCUGCCUGAUACUAAAAUUGAAUGCAAAAAGAGACACGUGGAAAUCGAGAAAGAAAAAACAUGCCAGAACACCAGCUUAGCCGCGUCUGCUCCUGCUCCUGCUUUUGCUUCAGGUUCAGUUAUUUACGGAGAGAAUCAAAUGCAUACUCUCAACUACAGCAGCCAUUCAUCCAGUGACACCCACAACCAUCACCUGAGUAGUUGGAAUCUCCAUAACAGAAUUAACUACGACAUGAUUCAAAAUCAGGAUUCUAACAAUUUUAAUGGUCCUGACGGUCGUACUGUUGGCAACAAUCAUCCCGCUGCUAUUUACAGCGAUUCUUACAACUUGAACUAUAAUUACAUUUUUAAUAAUUAUUAUUAUUAUCCACCUGGUUACAACUAUCAGACUGCUGAUUUUAAUUCAAAUUAUUCUGGAUCAUCCCAUCAAUGA